AUGAAAAAAGUUACAUCUCGUUGGAUACCUCAUCAAUUGAAUGAUGAACAAAACCAAGAACGAGCUCGACUUUGUCGUGAUGUGACGUGGAUUUACCAUAGGCAGAAUCAUCACAAGUCAACAAACAAAACCUGGAUUGGCGAAGGUGAAUCACCGCGUACUAUCGUUCGUCGACGCAAAUUUGAACGAAAAAAUUUAUUUUCUAUAUUCUUUAAAUUAAAUGGUCCUGUUCUAAUACAUGCUGUUGAUAAUGACGAGACUAUAGAUCACGACUAUUGUAUAGAAAAUUGUCUCAAGCCUGUUGUCAAAGAAAUACGGAAACAAAGAAAGUCAAAUGGUACUAAAGGCAUAAAAUUGCUUCACGACAAUUCUUCACCCCAUCGUCAUUCAGAUGUUAUUAAUUAUUUAACAGAAGAAGGUAUCAAUAUAAUACCACAUCCACCAUAUUCAUCUGACCUUGCACUCUGUGAUUAUUGGCUAAAUUAUUACAUCAAACAGAAUUUAACUGAUCAACCAGAUGAAAAAUCAUUGGCUCGUGCAGUUUCCAAGCUAAUAAAAAAUAUUCCAGAAGAAUUUUAA